AUGGGGUCCAAGGCGUCACAAAUGGAUGUGACUAAAACGAUCGUGGCGACGGCACCGUUUCACGAGCUCGUGGAUGAAAUCCCGAGCGCGUGUGACUACACCGAGAAUGGGGUGUACAGUGGCAGUAGCGAGGGCGGAGUGUGCAUUGUAACGCACGCGAGCGACACGGACGUGCUCAUGGGGGCAAUGCAGCUCAGCCAGGCGAAAGCUGACAAGCGGGUAGCGGCGGUUGUCCUAUCUGGUGGUACACCACCGACUCUCACCAUCGAUCACAUGAUAAGGUCCACCAACCUGUCGGCCGCGCUCCCGGUCCUCCUCUCCCCCCUCGACCCGCACGUCAUCUGUCUCUCAAUCGCUCGCGCCCACUCCUCCCUCCACGCCUCCUCCCCAGCCAAAAUCCGCCGCGCCCGCGACCUCUUCCAAGAACACGCCGACACGCCCGCCAUCCACCGCAUCCUCUUCCAGGAAGCUUCCUCCGCCCACCCCGCGCACGUCACCCCGCGCGUGUUCGAGUGCGGGAUUUUCUCCCGGGCCCGGGAGGCUCAAUCACACGUGGUCCUGGCGAAAGGCACCGAGCCCAAGGUGGUGCAAGCGGCGGGGGAGGUUUUGAGAAGGUCCCUUUGCAAGCUGACUCUUCUCGGGAAUCUCGAGGAGGUUCUUUUGCAGGCGAAGAAUCAGUGCGUGGAUUUAUCCGGAGCUAAUAUUGUCGAUCCCGGAGCUAGCCCGGACCUGGAUCGGUACGUGGAGUUGAUUUGCCAGGCGCAGAUUGAGCGGGGGGUGACGAUGAGUGUGGAGGAGGCUCGGCGGCUGCUGCUUUCCGACCCUGCGUCGUUUGGUUCGGCGAUGGUUGCUGCGGGGGAGGCGGACGGGAUGGCGGUCGGCGGGAUUCGGCCGGAUGGGAAUGGAAGGAUUGUGCGGGGGGUGAUCAAGACGCGCCCGGAAAUGCCUGUGGUUUCGGGGGUAGUUUUCAUGUGUCUCCCGGAUAAAGUGCUGGUUUACGGAGACAGCGCGGAAAACACCCUUCCUCUGAUUGGUUCCAACUCCACAGCUGUGGCACCGAGCCUGGGCGCUUCAGCUCCGGUCAAUGGGAGCGCGGGAAACGGGCUUGCCACUGCCGAUCCAACGGCUGAGGAGCUUGCGAUGAUCGCCAUGUCAUCGGCUGACACGGCGGCGGCCUUUGGCGUGGAGCCACGUGUCGCCCUGCUGUCGGCGCAAUCAAACCAGCAGGGCGCUUCUAGAGGUCAUCUUGCGGAGAGAAUAGAGGAGGCAGCACACAUAGUGAAGGAGCAAAGACCCGACCUAGCAGUCGAGGGGCCCCUUCCGUAUGCCACCGCCGUGGGUGACAAAAAAAGGAGCGGAUCUAUUAUAUGUGAGAACUCGGAUGUGGCGGGGAAAGCUACAGUACUGAUUUUUCCCGAUAUGCACAGCAGCACGGAUAUGUACAAGCAGCAGCGGACGUCGGGAGGUGUAGCGAUGGGGACUGUUUUGCAGGGUUUGAGACGGCCUGUUAGUGACGUGACAAAUAGUGAUACAGUGAGGGAUCUGGUUACCACAAUUGCCAUAACUGGUGUGCAGGCAGCAACCAUGGCAUCUGAUCUUGGUACAUCUUCCUGCUAG